UCGACGCGAUUGGCAAGAAAAAGUCGCGACGGAUUGAGAUAAACUAACAAAUAGCCGUGCUAUCGGUGCUCCAUCUAACUAUCACCAACUAACUAACACUUACUUAACACCUCCAACCGCUAUCGGUUCUAUAAAUCUCUUGGCCAGAGCAGCCGAUUCGAUUUUUCUUAUUUUAAAAACGGUAGUGCAAACUUUCGCGCACACGUUACUCAUACGCCCUGUUAACAGAGACACAAAUAAGUGAACACAUCCGCAGAAAAAACAACUAAACAAAAGAAAAAAGUAAAAGUCAUAAUUGCCGACGAGCAAAAAAAGAUACUACAAAAAAGAAGGCGUCGAAUAUAACACAAAACACUAAAUCUAUAAAUACGAUAUAGAAAACAAAUACACAAAUUAAUAUAUAUAGACAACAAAAAAACCAAAAACAGACAACAAAAAUGGAUCACAAAGCAAUCGCAAGUCAAGUGCGAGGUGAGCUAAAUCUACGCACAGCAUUCGAUUUACUAGACAGAAACCGUGACGGACGUGUCACCGCCAACGAGUUGCAAUUUAUGCUAAAGAACCUGGGCAUAAAUGUGCGUGACGAAAUCAUACACGAUCUCAUACGUGAGGCGAGCCACUCAGGCAAUGGCUUAAUCAACGAGGCCGAGUUCCUGCAAUGGGUUGGCAGGAUCCAGGCACUGCGGGAUGACCAGCAGCAACCAGAGGAUAGUGCCAGCAAUAGCAAGCCGGUGGACGAAGCCGAUGAUGUCACCGAGGACUUGAUAGCCGCAUUUAGAGUAUUCGAUCGUGAUGGCAAUGGGUUUAUAACGCGCGAUGAACUCCAGACCGCCAUGGAGAUGAUUGGUGAGCCCUUGAAUGAGCAGCAACUGGAACAGCUCCUGGUCAUCGCUGACUUGGACCAGGACGGGCGCAUCAAUUACGAGGAAUUCACGAGACUUUUGCUCUAAGCAAUUUACGCUCGACUUGGAGGAGCAAACCUACAAUUUCGAGUGGAAUGUGCAGGCCGAGUUAACCCCUUCAGCAUAAUUGUUAAGCUAUUAAGAAUAUACUCAGACAUGCAGAAAAUAAUAAUAAUAAUAAUAAUGCAACUGCAAAUGCGCAGAAAAUAAU